UUUUUGCUUCCUCAUUUGACUCUUCACUCCACCAACACCAACAACAACAAGCUUCUCCUUCCUUCUUUCCAUGCAUAUAUUAUAUAUAUAUAUACACAUACACACACAUUCUCUCACUCUCUCAUAGUGACACACACACCACAUAUUUGUUGAAAUUACCAUAACAUUUGUUGGUGUUUUUUGAGCAAGUUGUUCAUUUUGCUGAUAUAUGCAGCAUAUUCCAAACACUAUGUCUGUUAGGCUCAUGAAUUUAAGAGCACAAGUUCUUAAGCUUAUUGUCCUCUAGUACAAAUUUCAAUCUCUUUUACUUCAUCAAAAGUUUUGAGGGUACUACUCAAUUUGGUUGAAGAUGCAGUCAACAAAAUCAGAAUCAGAUAUAACAAGCUUAGCACCAUCAUCACCAUCAAGGUCUCCAAAGCGACCUGUGUACUAUGUUCAAAGUCCUUCAAGGGACUCACACGAUGGAGACAAGUCAUCUUCAAUGCAAGCCACACCAAUCUCCAACAGUCCAAUGGAGUCACCAUCACACCCUUCCUUUGGCCGCCAUUCAAGGAACUCCUCAGCCAGCAGAUUCUCAGGGAUUUUCAGGUCUUCUUCAGGUAGAAAAGGGAGCAGGAAGAGGAAUGAUAAAGGGUGGCCUGAGUGUGAUGUCAUUCUUGAAGAAGGAUCCUAUCAUGAGUUUCAGGACAAGGCUUACACUCGCCGUUGCCAAGCUUUAAUUGCUGUCUUUACUUUUGUUCUUGUCUUCUCUGUCUUUUGCUUAAUCAUAUGGGGUGCUAGCAGGCCUUACAAAGCUCAAGUAACUGUCAAGAGCAUGACAGUGCAUAAUAUGUAUGUUGGAGAGGGUUCAGACUUCACAGGCGUCACAACAAGAAUGCUGACAGUAAAUGGAACACUAAGAAUGAGCAUAUAUAACCCUGCUACAUUUUUUGGCAUUCAUGUGCACUCCACACCCAUUAACCUUGUCUUCUCAGACAUCACUGUCGCAACUGGUGAGCUGAAGAAAUACUAUCAGCCAAGAAAAAGUCACCGUAUUGUAUCAGUGAAUGUGGAAGGUAACAAGGUUCCAUUGUAUGGGGCUGGAUCCACACUAAUAGUAUCCCAAACUGGUAGUGUUGAGGUUCCAUUGACAUUGAAGUUUGAGAUUCGUUCAAGAGGGAAUGUGGUGGGGAAACUAGUAAGAACAAAGCACCAUAAGGAAAUUACUUGCCCUUUGGUGAUAAACUCUUCUGAAUCAAAACCUAUCAGGUUCAAGAAGAAUUCAUGCACAUAUGGCUGAUGGAUGCUGAUUCAUGUCCAUUUUUUGAGAAAGAAUUCAGUUAAUGUUUCUGUAAUAUAUGUAAAAUUGUGUAAUCCACCGUUUGUGAAAAAUUUUCUCUGGUUGAGAAACUACAUUUGAAAGAGGAGCAAAAUGUGUAGUGUGUACAUGCACUUGGAAAACCCUUUCAACUGCUAGUAGCUACUUGUGUUUUCAAACUUGUAGUCAGUGUGGUGGAAAUAAAUGCAUGAAAAUUUGUAUAAGCAUAUUCACAUAAUAAGUAAGAUGAAUGUAUAAUCCAUGAGUUUAUUCUUGAGGGGAUGCCAA